UCCCCUCUGUGUUUCCCAUAUGUCAAAGUCUUUGUGCUUUUCAAGACAGCGAGGCGACAGAAGGGGGAAGAAAAACAGCUGGAUCCAAGAAUCAGUCCUGCUAGCGGCUCGGCUAGCUGUAUCACCCCUUCAAGCUAGCGCUUUCUCCUCGGCUGCCUGACUUCCAGAAGCUGGUGGUGAGGCUGAUGAUGAGGUGUGAACAUGGAGGCUCCUGAAUACCUGGACCUGGAUGAGAUCGACUUCUCUGAUGAUUCAGCGUAUUCUGUGACGUCUCUGAAGAGCAUCCCAGAGUUGUCCAGGAGGAGUGAUGGCCCGGCCGAGGAGAGACCUGCUCCAGCCAUCAACUGGAGCCGCAGCGUUUCCUCCCACACCAGCGGGGGAAUCAAACCCACGGGGCUCGCUGAGGUCCACAGUAAGUUCCGGCCCGUGAAGAGGGUCUCCCCUCUCAAACACCAACCAGAGACCACCGACUCUGACUCAGAGGGUAAAGUCCAGGGCCUGGGGGAGUCCGGGGAGGCCAGUAAGGAUGACCCCAGCUCUGACAAACCGACUCAUGCAUCCACCUCCUCGGAUGGGUCGGGAGGGAAGGCGAAGGGCCUGGGCGGCAGCGUUGGUGUCGUUGGAGGGCUCAACCCCCAGGCUCUGUUCGGGGAGCUGGAGCACUAUGAUCUGGACAUGGAUGAGAUCCUGGACGUGCCUUAUAUCAAGUCCAGUCAGCAGAUGUCCACGCUGCCUCGGGUCCCCCAUGACAAGCGCUCGGUGACGGGGAGCAACCUGGGUGGAGGGACCCUGGAGAGGACCCGGGGAGGGGGGCUGAAGAGCUCCGCUUUAGCCCACAACGAGCCUCUGAGCCUGGGCAGCAGCAGCUCACAGACUCAGUAUUGUGUUCUGUCUCCGCUGAAGUGGUCCGACCUGAGGAAGUCCAAGUCGAUGGAUCCAGACCUCCACCACCUCCACCGCUCCCCGGCUGGAGGAGGCUACCAGUCGGAGUUGCUCUCCUCCGGACUCCUCAGCUGCUCCUCCUCCAUCUCUUCUUUCUCUGAUGCAGACAAGCUGCUGUCUGCGCGGGUCUACCCAGACUCUCAGAACCAGAGGCCGGGCAUGGAGCCACCAGGGGGGAGCCCGGGGAUGAUGUUCCCCCUGCCCGGGGGCAGCGUGGGCAGGCAGGACGCCUCCAAGUCCAGGGCUCCUGGUCCAGGAGGAGGAGGAGGGGGUGGAGGCAGCAGUGGGCCAAGGGGGUUUGGAGGAGGUGGAGGAGCAGGAGCGGAGGUGGACGAGGAGACCAAGAAGAACCAGAACAUCAUCAACAUAGUCAGAGAGGGACAGAUGUCUUUGCUGCCUCACCUGGCAGCAGACAACCUGGAGCUGAUCAGAGACGAGGACGGGAACAACCUGUUGCACAUCUCGGCCUGUCAGGGCCACGCUGACUGUCUGCAGCAUCUCACCUCCCUGAUUGGGGAGGACGGCCUCAACGAACGCAACAGCCAGCAGCUCACCCCCGCAGGUCUGGGAGUUAAGAACGGUCAUCUAGAGUGCGUGAGGUGGAUGGUGAGCGAGACGGAGGCCAUUGCAGAGCUGAGCUGCACCAGAGAACAUCCCAGUCUGAUCCACUACGCUGCCCGCUAUGGACAGGAGAAGGUCUUGUUGUGGUUGCUUCAGUUCAUGCAGGAACAGGCGAUCUCUCUGGACGAAGUCGACCAGAACGGAAACACUGCUGUCCACGUGGCGGCUCAGUACGGACACCUCACCUGUAUACAGACUCUGGUGGAGUACGGCUCCAACGUGACGGUCCAGAACCAGCAGGGGGAGCGGCCUUCCCAGAGUGCCGAGCGGCAGGGACACACCACCUGCGCUCGGUACCUGGUCGUCGUGGAAACCUGCAUGUCGUUGGCCUCCCAGGUUGUUAAACUCACCAAACAGCUCAAUGAACAGGCAACAGAGAGGAUUACUUUACAGAAACAACUGCAGAGACUGAUGGACCCCGCAGAGGGGAACCUUCCAGACACCCAGAUUAUUUCUUUUCCCUCUCUGGACUCCAGCUCCCAUCAGCCCUCAGUGGAGGCGUGGCCAGAGAUGAUGUUGACAGCAGAGGGGACUCCAAGUGACGGUUGGUUGGUUCGUCAGGGAGGGGUGGGUCCAGACCCAGUUUUGCGGCAGCUGCUGGGGAAGGACAUGUCGGACACGCUGUGUCCCAGGGAGAGGCUUCCCCCGGCGGGCGGCCCCGGGGCCCCUGGGACCCGCAGGAUCGGGCUGGUGGAGAGGAGAGAGCUCAAACUAGCAAGACUCAAACAGAUUAUGCAGCGCUCUCUGAGUGAAUCCGAUUCGGACGGUUAUCCACCAGAGGAGGGUAAAAGUCAAGGAGCCUCUGCCUCAAAUACACUGCGACCCGAUAGGCCGUCCCAUUUGCCAAUCACAGAGGAGGAGCCAGUGUCAAACCACCUUAACCUGGUGAUGAGGAAGCACCUCCCUUCCUCCUCUUCCUCCUCAUGCAUAGCUGAGAGAAAGCUGGCGUUUUCUCUCAGCGGGUCAAAGUCGGCGGACAGCGUCGGUGUUAACCCCUCCCCCACCUCCAGCGACCCCGAGGCGGCAGACGGUAAAACACCAGACGCUUCCGGCGACCUCCAAGACGCCGCCAACGGCCAGAAAGCUGCCACCAGCCCCAAGAGCGCCCUGAAGUCGCCCUCGUCUCGCAGGAAGACGUCCCAAAAUCUCAAGCUGAGGGUCACCUUCGACGAGCAGGUCCACAAGAGCUCCACUCAGGAGGCAGAGCAGAUCAAAGGGCAUCAUGGGAAGGAGAGGACUCCAACGGGAAGCUCUGAAAGCAAGCGGCCGUUCGGGGCGUUCCGCUCCAUCAUGGAAACGCUGAGCGGCAACACAAACCACAACAACAACAGCGGGGGUCAGUCAGGCUCCACCUGUCAGAACUCACCUGGCAGGAAGUCUGAGAGUAAAAGCAGCCCUGGCGGAGGAGGGGGGGCUAAGGGCAAGAGCAAAACCAGUAACGUUUAACCAACGAAUGCCUACUGAAGGCAGAGAGCACAUAACAGACCGAUAAAGCAAACAGCAAGAGGCAACCAACAUGAGAAAUUUAUAUUCAAAUGGUAGCAGAGAUGUCGCAUAAAAAUCCACUCGGAAAUAAUAUUUAAAAAAAUACC